AUGGGUAUCCCGCUGUGGCGCGAGCCGUCGGAAGUAGAUGCUCUCAAGUCGGUUGAGAAAGAUGCAACAGCCGCCGCACGCUCCGCGAUUCGACGUCAUGCCGUACCCCGACGUCCCUCACGCCAGGCUCGGACGCGUGGUCCCGGCCUUCUAUCCUCAUUCCAAUCUCAGAUUCUUGAUGAAAUCCAGCGUGGCGUGCGCGGUGUGGGUGAACCCCAAAUGGGGGUGCGCUCUCCUGUGCUGAACUUGGGCAUUAGUGAAGACGGCUUAGAUCUGGACUCAAGUAGACGUGAUGCGCUCGGUCGUAAUCCUCCACAUCCUCCACCCCGUCAAGGAGAUCAUUCAAUUCGCCGCCCUAGAACAGGUCGAGAGGAGGCUCUGGCUGAUCUGCUUAGCCGCCGCGACCCCCACCUCGACUCUCGACCUGGCGCGCGUUUUGCAAGUCCUUCUCUUACACCGAACUUUGCUCCGGCGGUUGCGUAUCAUACCUCUGCUCCCUCCCAUCCAUCAGCCGAAUCUACUCGUCCUAUUACGAUUCCUCGUCUCCCCCGUCUCCGCAUCCAUAACAGAGAUCCGAACCCUUCAUCUGAUCCACCUUCUUUCACACAUCGAGACUAUCGCCCUGGCUGGAUACCCAACAGACUCGCUCGCGAGUCUGGAAUGGAUGGUCUUGGUGAUCGCCAACGCAGUAUGAGUCCAGAUGGAGAUCGUGAGACUGAUACAUGGGAGCCGAUGCGUUCUACCAUAACCCCCGAUGUCAACUUGCCAUCUACCGAUACCUCAUUUGCCUCUUUGAUUGCUGCUCCUCCAACCGAUACACCCCGCAAUGGCACUUCCCGACCAUCCGCCACCUCAUCUUUAACGUUGCCUCCUGUUCAAUUGGCGUUAGACCCAUACGAUCAUCUCCAUCCCUGUGAUCUGAGCUCAGACGAUGAGGAUGGUCCUGUUAUUCACCGUCUGAUCGGAUCCUCCGGGUUUCCUCAUCUUCCCCGUUCACGCGGACUCCACUCUACCAUAAGCAACCAUCCACCUAUUCCCACCAUUUCCUUGUCAUUUUCCGAUUCCUCAAGCGAUACCCAUCUCCAGCAAAUGCAGGCCAUUCUGGAUCGACUUGCCCGUCGAGAAGAAAUUCCCGAAGAUUGGUGGGCAGGGCGGGUCUGUCUCACAACAUGGGCCGUGGUCUCAGCACUGGCGCAAACCCUCAAAACAAUGACAAUGACCACACUUUCGAUCAGUGAAAUAGCGUGUCUCUUUCCAACACAAUGCAUGCCACAAAUAUUUUAUGAUUCCGGCGUUCUCCUGGUUGACAUUUUUCUUUUCUUGGGGCAAUUCAUCUCUCGGCGAUUUCAUUUUGUUACACGGUUCAAUUUUGUCUAUGGCGUGAUAGAGGGUUUCUGA